GGGAGGGGGCGAACUUUCUUGGCAUAGGAAGGGCUGGGGAGUCCCCAGGAAGUGGCCACUCUGUAUCAGUGGAGUCACUGGAUACAGGCCUACAGCGGGAAGGCACAGGAAGCUGGUUCUGAUAAGGCACUUGGAGUGGUACUUGGUAUGGCUAGAAGAUGCUUUCAUGGUAGAGGUGUAGAAACUGAGGACCAGAGAGGGGAAAGGGCUUUCCCAAAGGCACACAGCAGGUAGACACCACCCUGCUGCCACUCAGAGUUCCCACUGCGAGGGGGGCAUGUGCCCAGGCUGAGUAGUGGAAAAGGGCACGUCCUCUCCUAGGUCCUCACUGGCUCACGCCAAGCUUCAGAGAUGAGCCUUGUUUGAACUCUUCUGGAGCCAUUUAUCAUACUCAGGACACAGUGGCAGGGAACAGAGCCCAUCUUGUGUAGGUCUCCAGUGCUGUAGGAUUACAGUGUCUCAUCAGAGAGGGCAGAACCAUCCCAAGGCCACACAACUAAAUUAUGGUAAAGCCAGGACACUGUUCUCCAAGGUCUGGGUCUUUUCAGCCCCAGCAGAGCCUCCUAGAAGAACUAGUCUCUCUAACCAAGACUGAGAAGGGCAGGAAGAGGGUACCGGUAGUUGAGACAUCUGGGCUUUCUCGCUUCCCCCAACCCUUCCACCUGCCUCCCAUCCCACAGACACCCAGGGACUCUGAGGAUGAGCUGGGAAUUUCUGAUGUUCCUUCAAAAUGGAUCAUCUCUAUUUCCCAUAGUGUAAGGUUCUGUGCUGUUCACUCUUCACCAGAAAAACUCCUGCCUAUCCUAUAAAACCCAGCUCAGAGGUCCAGAAAAUGACCCUGCACAAAGCCACAGAGGAAGUCACAUCAAAUUCCAAAGAAUCUUCCAGACCAUGAUCUCUGACCACAAUGCAACAUAAUUAGAACUCAACAAGAAAAACAUAAACCUCCCAUAGGCUGAGAAGCUGAAAAACACACUUUGAAAUCAUUCAAGAGUUAAAGAGGAAAUUACAUUGAAAUUUAUGUACUAUUUAGAACUGAAUGAUAAGGAAAACACAAGCAGUUUCCAAAUCAUUUCCCCUAUGAAGUCAGCCCUGACCCCACGUGGCUCCUCAGAUGGCUCUCCACCCUCCACCCAUUUCUACGCCCUAGGAGGCUGACGUCUAUGGGCUGCAGCAACAGGUUCCCUUGUUCUUAGCUUCUGGGAGGAUUCAGGUAGUGGGGGAAACCUGGCCAGAGAUCAGAGGGAGGGAGAGAGGGAGGAGAGUGAGGCCUCUUACUUGCUCCAUCCUUCCCUGUAUGAUUGCUGUGAGCUGGGUAUGCCCCUCCACCUUGCCUCAGCAGCCCCCUCCUCAGAGCUCCCACUUUCACCACUCCUUCCCCACACUCCUGCAGCCUAGGGUUGACAGCCUCUGCUCUUGUGAACCCUUUGGUGAUACACUGUGUGGUUUCCCUACACCUUGACCACACCUGUAAAUAUCGUCUUCAUUAAACAUACCCAUUCUGGGUGUUCCAUGUGCUUCCUGCAAAUACCCCGACUCUUACAAAGUCCAUCAGUCCACAACCACAUUCUCACUUCUGGGUGACUGAGCUCUGACCUUGUGUAUCUCUGUGUGUUGUCCUCUUUACUGACCUGUCCGCACAUGAGGUCGCCAACCAGGUCAGCUUUAUCAUCCAAUCCCCUGAUCUGAUAUGAGUGGAGAGUUAUACUCAAUAAAAGAUAUUGAUUAGGAUAUCAAAUAAAUAAAGAAGCAUAUUUUAAUUUGCUCCAUAAGCAAGUGCUUGUUUAUAGGGGAUUCAGGGCAGAGAGUUAAGAGUCAGACAUAAAAAUACAGAGAACUUUAGACUGGGGCAAAAACUGGUGUUCAACAAAAGAACAUAUCCACAGUUCUAUGAGCUGGGACUCUUUCUUUACUUUUAUUUUAGGUUCAAGGGUACAUGUGUAGGUUUGUUAUAUAAGUGAACUCUGUGUCAUGGGGAUUUGGCGUACAGAUAAUUGCAUCACCCAGUCUGCUUAGGAUAAUGGCCUCCAGCUCCAGCCCAUGUUGCUGCAAAGGAUAUGAUCUGGGUUAAGGAUCUAGCAUGUUCUCAUGUCAUCCAGCAAACAGAAGCCAGACACAAGGGAGGUCCAGGGUACCAUGGUAAAUGCCCACCUCUGGCCUCCAGCUCUCCCCUACCUGCAUCUACUCACCUCCCACCCCUCCAGAGUGGCUUCUAUGGCUAAGCUCUCUGCUUUGGGCUUCCUACCCUAGAAGGCCUCCAAUCUUCCCUCCCAUCCCAGACAGAGCAGCCAACUGGUCCCUGGGCCUGGGGGCCACAGUGUGCAUUGAAUGCUGGUGGGAUAUCUGUCUGUCCUCGAAGGAACCCAGGUGGUAGGGAGAGCAGAUCAGAUAUUGAGUGGUUUGGAUUUGUCGGAAGGAAGGAGGGAGAGAAGGUAUUCUAAAAUGGAACAGCUGGGAUAAGAGUCUGGAGAUAAGAAAUGGGGUGACUCUGGGUGAGGAGCAAGGAGAAUCAGCCCAACCUGAGCCAGGCCCCCUCCCUGGUGAGGAGAUGAAGUUUGUGAUUUGAGAGCUUUUCUGGGCCUGUUCCUCAGGGGUGAAGGACUCAGUUCAUGAUUCCCAAGGCGUUCAUCCAUUCCCUCACUCACUCAUUCAUUCAUUCAUCAAAUGAGUUUUGAGUUCCUGCUAUGUGUCAGGAGCUGAGGAUAUGGGAGUGGAUAGGACAGUCCCGAUCCCUUAUUGGGUCCCGGGACAAGUGUGACGCAGACGAUUCUAGGAGGGCAAAGAAACCACCCUUAUCUAGCAGCUCUUGUUUCUGCUCCAGAAGAAGCCGAGCGUUUUCCCAUUUUACCGUCUGGGAACCUGAGGCUGCCUCCUUGGUGGAGGUCCAAGGAAGCACCGAGAGGGCGGGCAGCUCAGUUAGUCCUUUGUCCAAGAGGAAGCUGGGAGCCCCAUAUGGACUUUCCGGGAAGGUGGGGGCGAGUGCGUCUGUGUACUGGAGUGGAGGGGAGUCCCCUUUCUCCGCCCCUCCCCGCCCCGUGGCCGCGGCGUGGCGGGGCCGGGGAGGAGCUGGCGUCGCCCCGGUCAGGAGGGCGACCGCGGCCGGCAGGACAGGCAGACGGAUAGGCUGACAGGCGAGAGAACAGGCACUGCGGGACCGGCAGGAGAAAGGCGAUCCUGUGGCUGGGAAUGUGACCCCACGGCCAGAGGAGGACCCACCAUUGAUGAGCCGAUGCAAGAAAAUGGUCUUUUACUUUUGGUCAUGAGCUGAGCCCCACCUUAUCCCAGUUCCCAGUUCUGCUUGUAACUUGCUAUGUGGACACAGGCUCCUCAAGUCCUCGUUUUAGGCCUCAGUUUCCUCAUCUGGGCCUCAGUUUCCCCAUCUGUACAAGGUCCCACCCUGGGAACUUCUUUGGGUGAGAAGUUGAAGAGUCAGGAUGGAUGAGAUGACCUUUCACAUCUGGUAUCCUCAGGUCCGAGCCCCGGGACAGCAGCCCGAGGCCCAGCUGGCCAUGGCCCUGUGCCUGAAGCAGGUGUUCGCCAAGGACAAGACGUUCCGGCCGCGGAAGCGCUUUGAGCCGGGCACACAGCGCUUUGAGCUGUACAAGAAGGCACAGGCCUCUCUCAAGUCGGGCCUGGACCUGCGUAGUGUGGUGAGGCUGCCACCCGGGGAGAACAUCGACGACUGGAUCGCCGUGCACGUGGUGGACUUCUUCAACCGCAUCAACCUCAUCUACGGUACCAUGGCCGAGCGCUGCAGUGAGACCAGCUGCCCUGUCAUGGCCGGCGGGCCCCGCUACGAGUACCGCUGGCAGGAUGAGCGCCAGUACCGGCGGCCGGCCAAGCUCUCCGCACCACGCUAUAUGGCGUUGCUCAUGGACUGGAUCGAAGGCCUCAUCAACGACGAAGAGGUCUUUCCCACGCGUGUUGGAGUUCCCUUCCCUAAGAACUUCCAGCAGGUCUGCACCAAGAUCCUGACCCGCCUCUUCCGAGUCUUUGUCCAUGUCUACAUCCACCAUUUCGAUAGCAUCCUCAGCAUGGGGGCAGAGGCGCACGUCAACACCUGCUACAAGCACUUCUACUACUUCAUCCGCGAGUUCAGUCUGGUGGACCAGCGGGAGCUGGAGCCACUGAGGGAGAUGACAGAGCGGAUCUGCCACUGAGCCCAGGUCUGGACUUUUUUGGCCAUCAGAUGGAUGAUCUGAACAUAGGGUGGCUGGGAGAGGGGACCCCCAGGAGCCUGAAGGAAUCUGAAGGCACUGGAAUCACUCCACACACCCAAAGCCUCUGGACUUCUGGUUCUCAGGAGUCUUCCUACCUGUCGCCCUGACCACUUGUGGAUGGAGAAGGGGAGAGCAUCUAGGCGGGCAAACAGAAGGGAAGUGGAGUUAAACCUCUGGCAUGAAGUCUGGGAGUAGGGUAGGCUAGGGAAUUUCUUCUAUGACACUUGACCCUUCCAUGCUGGUUCCCAAGCCUAUUGGAGGAAUGUGGGUGUGGCCGAGGUGAUGGCAAGAAAGGUGCAAGAGAGUGAGCAGCCUGCCUGUGAGUGAGCACAGAUGCCGAGGUAUGUGUGUGUGUGUGAUUUUCACUGUGGGGUGUGUCUGUGAGAGCUAGCUGCCUUACCCCUCCUUGGCACAUAGUAGGCCUUCCACAAAUGUUGGAUGGAUGGAUAAAUAGAUUGGGACCAUCAGACCAUGACCACUGUAGGAGUGAUGACAGCUCAAUGUCCCCACUCAGUGUAUCUGACCAUGUGUGUAAGUGCACAAAAUGUGGUUGUAGAUGUUGCUCUACAUUCACACCUUCCAGGCUACACUCUUCCAUCAGCAUGAGUCCUGGAGAGCCGGGGGAAGGUAGGAAGAGAAGCCUUGCCUUGAGUUCCUAAACUGACCCACCCCAGACACAGGCUCUGAUUCUCUUACCCAGAGAUGCCCAUGAGCUGACAUUUUACUCAUCCCUCUGCCUCCAAGAAGGCCUGUAUUAUAGGUGUCCUCCUGGGGGUUGGAGAUGAUCCCUCAAGUACACAAAGUUCCCCUGGCCUUUCAUCUGGGAAUCAUAUACUCCACUCUAGCUCCCAGAAUCUACAUUCCUGGCUCCUCGGAUCUGAAGCCCAGCACAAAAUAAUCCCCCAGUCCAAGGAGCUUGUGGAACUUGAAUUGGGAACUUUGGAGUCUUGUCUCCCAUCCCAGCACAUUGAGGAUGUAGUUGGUGAAUAGACUCUUCCAGGCAUGGAGAUCCUCCAUCCUAAAAGUACCUGCCUCCUUCCCAGCCAUCCCUGACACAUUCCAGCCAGUUGGAUCUCACAGCACAGCUAUCCACAGGGAGACUGGGAUGUUCAUUCAGCACUCCAUUACUCAGUACCUCCAUACCCAGCCCUAUACACAGAUCCACAGGUGGGGAAACUGAGGCAGGAACAGGGGUAUGCCCUCCCAGAGCCUCCACUCUGGGAAGCCAGAAUGGAAAGCCAGAGGGAACCUGAGAAUCAUCCAGUCUCACUGUCUCAAUGUACAUACGAGGAAACUGAAGCCAGGAGAAGAAGAGGGAGAAACUGUCCAGGGCCUCACAGGGAGGCAUUCAUGGAGCUGGAGAAACCAGGGAUCCUGACCGCAGGGCCCAUCAAUUGCUACACAGAGAUACACAUGGAAAGAGGGUUUAACAGACCCUCGCUAGGACACAACUGUUUCUGCUUUGAGCAAUAAUUUCUAACCUGAGGCCAACAUGUCUCACUGCCCCUUGGGUGGGCUGGGGUUGUUUCCUGAGCCAAGCAUCCAAUAUCAUGCCCCACUCAAUGGCCUAGAAGCUGCCUGCACUUUGGGGAAACAGAUGGAGCUCUUGGGCCCAGCCAGCUGGGCCUGGGACUUCUGCCUCUGCUGCCUGCAGAGUGGCCUGGCAGCUUUGCCAGAGGCUGUGGAGCGAGGGUAGCAGGAGCUUUCCCCCAGAGUGCUGUGACUUGCAUGAUGGAUUCUAGGCUGUGGCAAGGGCUAAUUUCUGGGAUGGGGGGAGGAUGGGAAAAUUUAUUUUUAUGAAACAGAGGGAAGACUUUAUUGUUGUUAUUUUUGGUAAAAUAAAAGGCAAACUAAAGCA